AUGUCAGCGCGUCCAGGCACGACGCGGCCGCCGGAAUCUGAGGAAAAGCGGCGGCGCUGCGCCGAGCGCGAGGGACGCCGCCGGGCCCGCCGUCGCCGCCGCGAGGACCACGCCGCCGCCACCGGCACUCAGCCGGCGCACAGGGAUGGCGACUCGAGCGACGACGAGUUGCCGCCUGCCGAACUCCACCACUAUGAGCGAGAGCGAGAUGCGAUCAAGUCGGGCAGGGAGCAGCUAUUCGCGGAUGCUUUGCCCGCGUGGCGCAGCGUUCGCGGCGUUUGCGCGCGCUUGGCUCGCUUCCGGCGCCGCGACCCUACGCUUUAUAGUGACGCCUACGUCGCCGCCUGCCUGCCGCGGCUGUUGGCGCCGUAUGUGCGCCAUCAGCUCAUACUAUGGAACCCGCUGGCGGACGAAGACAAUGAGGACUACGAGAAAAUGGACUGGUACAAAUGUCUCAUGAUGUAUGGCGUUCGGCCAGAAAAGCUGUCCAGUGGGUCAUCAGGCUCUGAAGAUGAGAUGGAACCGCUGCCGCCGGUCACUGAGGAAACGGUCCGUGAUGACCCGGACUUAUUCCUUGUGCCGACCCUGGUCAACCGGGUUGUGCUACCUAAGUUAACCGAACUGAUCGAGCACGCAUGGGACCCGAUGUGCGUGCGUGGCUGCGUGCGCCUACGCGCGCUUUUAGUGAAGUUCGCAGCGUUACCCGGCUCUCGUACAGCGCUGCAGCGAUUAGCGGCCAGCGCGCGAGCUCGCCUCGCCUCGCACGUGGCCGCUGAUGUCUUCCUGCCACCUGUCGUGGGCGAGGGCACCAGCGGCGCGUUCUGGCGGCGCUGCCUGGGCGCGGGCGUGCGCCUGCUGCGCGCCACGCUGGCGCUCACGGGCCCGCCCGCGCUGCUGCACGCCGACCCCGUCGUGCGCACGCUCGUCGAUACACUAAGCACGGCAGCGGGCGCCGCUCCUGGGCCCAGCGCCGCCGCCGCCGCCGCCGCGCUGGCCGAGACUUUACCGCGCUCGGGCCGCCUGCGCGCAGAAGCGCUGAAACGAUUGGCGCAGCUGGCGCAAGUGGCGCUCUCGCGGUUAGAAACUGACAACCCGCUGCAUUUAAAAGCAUUGGAUCAAGCCCGCUCGGUUAUAGCAGAGGCGCGCGCCAUGGAGUAAAAUUGUGUCCGAAUGCUCGAGUUUGACUCGCAUGGCGGAUCCUCUUCAGAGAUGUAAGCUGCUGUAUAUAAAUUGGUAUUGAAAUAAUCAAACCAUAACAUUGACUUAACAAAAUGACAGUAAAUAAUAAUAAUCUCCGUCAUGAAGUUUACAAAGAUACCGUGACUGAAAAACAGACAAGUUUUCUUCCAAGUAGAUUUGGAUAGUAUUGAAUUAUUUAUUCGAAGUUACAGCACAGCUAGAAGUUGGUUUUGAAUAUUAACGAAUUACACACAACUUCCAAUAGCCCUUAAAUUAACUUUAAGCUUCAGCAGCUUUGUCGUUGUUGAUAAGUGAAUGAAAGGAUUGUUAGAAUGAGUCGGGACAAUCUUGAGACUAGCCCCCUUAUUAAUACAAGUUACUUACACGCUCAUUGAACAGUGUUUUAUAGUUCAGUAUGGAAACGUCAUUUUAAAACAGUGUUCAACAAGCGUGUAACUUUUUAUUAGUUAGGGGUUACUGUCAAAUAGUCUUGAUUAUAUCCCAUUUGAAGUACUAUUUAUUAACCGUAAGAAGAUAUGAGCUUUUAUAUGAUAUCUCACAGCAAUAUUGAAAAAAAUUUCAUUGGACCACGAAUUAAAAGUAAUUUUGUUAUAGCCAAUCGAUUUUGAAAGGCUUCAAUUGUCAUGAUUGUUACAAAAUCAAAAACUAACAAGAUGUUUGCACAGCGUCUUUUUCUAACGCUAAGAAAUGAUGAAUUGGAACGUUAUUUCCUCUAUCAUAGAGGAACUACUUACACAAAUCAAGUGUAAUGAAUUAAAAUAUUUUGCACCUCAGCAGAAUUGAUAGGAAAUGUUUGUGAACCCGAUUUGAGCGCUAUGUGAAUGAUAAUCCGAUAGCUAGUUAUAAUGUAUACCAUUGUAUAUAAGCAACGUGAAAUGGCUUCUUGUGUGAGGGAUAAAUAAAUGAUAAUUUUUUAA